AAGCAGAUCGAGUCCUACCUGAGCAAGCACGAGGUGCCCGACGAGCUGAGCCGGACCAUCGGCGAGUACUACGAGUACAUCUGGGCGUCCCAGAUGCAGCUCGACGGCGAGCUCUUCGCGGAUUUGACGGAGGUGCUCAAGCUCAAGCUCGCGCUCGCGAUCAAGCGGCGCUUCAUCAUGGAGUGCCCCCUCUUCAAGGAGCUGGACGCCUGGGCCAUCAUCAACCUCGUGCGCAAGCUCGCCCACGAGGUCUUCGUCCCGGACCAGGUCGUCAUGGCCGAGGGCGAGCUCGGCGACGCGAUGUACUUCGUGAUCCGCGGCCGGCUCCGCGUGACGGCCGUCGGCGUCCGCGUCGCGCUGCUCCACGACGGCGACCACUUCGGCGAGGCCUGCCUCAUCUCGAGCAACGAGCCCCGGAGCGCCACCGUCGUCGCCGACACGUUCUGCGAGCUCUUCGUGCUCCACACGGCGGACUUCCAGGAG